AUGCUGCACCAAUUCUGCAUCGCUCGGCCAUUGUUUCGGUGGACUCCUUUUUGUACCGCGAGCAUCCCAGCGCGCCAGUUUCGCCCCGUCCACUGCCUACCCGCUUGGCGGUCGUUUGCUUCGAAAACAGCACCGCGCUCGGGGGAUGCUCUCUCCAAAGCCCAUGUCCCCAUAAAACCCCUCGUAGGCGCGGUAGAUUACGAAGGACCACUAUCCAACACAUUCCGACGACUCAAAAUAUUCUCCGUUGCCUCAUUGACCCUCUCGACCACCCUCGCACCGUUCAUUUUUGUCAUCGAAUCCACACUGCCUACAAUCGCUCGUGGGGCCUUGGUUUGCGCAGCAUUGGGAACGAGCGGCAUAUCGACUGCGCUUGUUUCGUGGUGUGGUCGCCCGUAUGUCACGACGCUCAGCCGCUUAACGCCCUCGGAGAACAACGGCGUAGAGGGACUCGAAAUGACUACAUUGACGCUCACGCUCCGUCCGCGCAUCACCCGGGUCUACGAUACGGAAUUCCUGGCAGAGACCGAUCGGCCGUUCGCGAAAUGGGAGCUGCGGGAGCUGAUAGGUUAUGUCAAGGACAAAAUGGACCGCGCCAUACCCGUGCAAGGGCAAGAAGAAACCGUUGCUGAGACUUUCGACAAGGCGGGGAACGUGAUCGGUCGGUGGAUCGUCCAGUGGAAGCAUAAUACGGAAGACGGACGAGAUUAUGUGAGUGGGGAAUGUCGCGCGGUGGGGAAGGUUGAACGGUACUUCAACGUCCACGAGGAACUGCUACAUUGA